CCUUAUUAUUGCAUCAACCACGGCCGCUGCCGCUGUCUAUAGACCAUAGCGUAGUGGUUACACUGGCUUCCUUCUAUGCCUGAUGCUUUGCAUGCCUCGAUCCAUCCAUCCAAGCCAAGUAGGCAAUUGAACAUGCUCGAAGACCCACUAUAUAUUCUGAGAGGAACAAGGUUUAACCGCACCUUUGUAUCGUGAGUCUUGUCAAAUGCUCGACAUUCUUUUAUCGGGCUCAAUGGUUGCCUUCACCGUUGAUAGCUUCUUCCUUUUCCUACUCCUCUGCUGUUUCCUAUGUCUCUUUCUAUUUAACCAAGAGCACUGUCUACCUCUACCGCGUGAGCACCCGGCUUUGCCUUCUGCCCUUCAUACCCGCCUCACUCGCUCUUGGUUUUCUUGCAGGGCUUCCAAGUUAUCAGCAAUUUGAGGUCUCAGGGGUGAGGUGUAUGGAACGUGUUC